GAUUAAUCCACUGCCAUGUGUUCUCUCACUAAAUGAAUAGCAAAAAUUAGACUAGCCACUUACUCUGCCAAAUUCAAUUUAAUUAUAAAACUUCACUAAACAAACGAUAAAGAAUCAACUUCACGGUCCAGCAAAUUCAAGAACAGAACGAAAAUCAGUGGAAGACAAAUAAACGGCAAUUGUUCCAGCAGAGAGAAGAAAAAACAACCGAUAGAGGUCGACUUAUUGAAUGCCCUCUAAUAGGCGAAUCAUCCACAAAUUGCAUUGUACAGUUUAAAAGGACUUACUCUACGACUUACCCGAAUCAAAACACAUUCACUCGACAAACACAUCCACAAUUCUUUAUUACCUGCACCAAAAACACACAAAAAAACAAAAGAAAGGCAACAGCGCCCACAUUGUCACGCACGCCGAACCGAGAAUUCACUUAAGUUUUUGCUUUGCGAGAGAGCGACAUUUUGAGAGAGCGUAACACAAAAGUUGUUCGUUCUCUCUGCGCGGUUUUUGUUGCUGCAGCCGGUCGAUUUUUUACAGUUUGUAUUUAAAAACGCAGGAACAUGGACAUGCACAGGCUGAUCGCUGAAGUUAGGCAAUGGCCGGCUCUCUGGGAUUCCUCCCAUGCGGACCACUCCAACCGCCUGGAGACUCAGCGCCUAUGGAACAACGUGGCCGAAGUGUUGGGUUGUAAUGUGGAUUUGUGUCGCGCCAAAUGGAAGAAUCUACGCUGCAGCUAUCGCCGGCACAACCGCCGCCAGAGCCUGAGCAAGCAGCAAGCCGCACCCUCCCCUGUCCAUCAGUGGUCCUAUGCCGAGGAAAUGGACUUCCUUGGCAAUAUGCAGCGCCGUGACAGCAGCACAAACGAGGAGGAUGACGGGGAUGUGAAGAAGGAAGCGGCGUCGGACCAUUGCCCGGAUUCGGGCAUGUCGUUUAAGAGAGAGACUAUUCCGGCGGACGAAAUGGAGGCGGACAACGAUGCACUGAUGCAGGAAUUCCAGAAUAUGGCCACGCCUCAGGCCCUGCGACGGCUCUCGCAGAGCAUAUCCCUGGCCAGUGCCGCCGCCGAGGAGCGGUCCAUGCCGCAACAAGCGUCCCCAUCCCCGUCCACUAGCGGCUUCGGAUUUGGACAAGGACUGGGACAGGGACUAGGACACGGACUUGGCUUGGGCAUGGGCAUGAACAUGGGAACAGCCGUGGCAGCGGCGGCGGCCAGCGUCUGCCAAUGUGCCAAGCGCGUGGACGAGCAGGUCAACUUUCUGGAGGGGCUGAAACGCGAAGAGCAACAGCUGAUGCAGUCCACCAGCCAAGACCUGGCGCGCUGCAAAAAUGUGCUGCAUGUGGGUGACUCGGACUAUAAUUACCUCAUCAGCUUUAUGCCGCUGAUGAAGCAAAUGACGCCCAUCCAGAACGUUUUCUUUCGGGCCAAGAUGGGAGAGCUCUUGCUGCAGACGAUGCAUCAGCAGCCGCCGGUGCAGCUUCAGCAGCAGCAACGCCAACAGCAACAACCGCAGCAGCAACAUCAACAAGAGGAAUCACAGCCCUCGCAAAUGUUAUUGAACCAGCAGCAGAUGGCCUUGGACCAGGCGGAAUUGCAGUAACAUUCGCGAGUGCAGCGAAUAGUGGGAGAGGGAAACAGCAAGACAGCGAGAGAGAGACAGAGAGAGAGAGUGAAAUACAAAGAGAGCGCGCACCGGUUGAGUGCGCCUGCCUGUCCAGUGCACUGUGGUCACAAAGUAGAGAUUAAAUGGUUUAGAUGUU